GCCUGGGUUGGAGCCGGCGCCGGGCGCGAAGAUGCCAGUGGCGGUGAUGGCGGCGGCGGCGGGGGCGGCGAGCGGCGCCCAGGGCUACCGAAAGCUGCUGGAGCAGUGCGAGACUCAGGAGCUGGAGGCCCCUGGAGGAAUAGCAACACCGCCUGUUUAUGCGCAACUCCUAGCUUUGUACCUUUUACAUAAUGACAUGAACAAUGCACGGUAUUUGUGGAAAAGAAUCCCUCCUGCAAUUAAGUCUGCGAACCCUGAACUUGGUGCAAUUUGGUCAGUGGGGCAGAGAAUCUGGCAAAGAGAUUUCCCUGGAAUUUAUACAACAAUUGGUGCACAUCAGUGGUCUGAAUCUAUUCAGCCAAUCAUGGAAGCACUUAGAGAUGCAACUAGGCGGCGAGCAUUUGGACUGGUCUCUCAAGCAUAUACCUCAAUAAGUGCAGAUGACUUUGCAGCCUUUGUUGGGCUUCCUAUAGAAGAAGCAGUGAAAGGUGUUCUUGAUCAGGGAUGGCAAGCAGAUUCAUCCACUCGCAUGGUUAUGCCUAAAAAGCCAGGUCCCCAGGAGCCUUCAUUUAACAGAUUUCACCCGUUAUCAGAACCUGCUUCAGUCCCACCAAUUCCUAAUGAACAGCAGUUGGCUCGGUUAACUGACUAUGUGGCUUUCCUGGAAAACUGAUAACUCCAGUCACUCAUUCAUUGCAUCCUGUGUACUUCUAGACCUUUCAACAUUAUGUUUGUCCUGUUGAAUGUUGCAAUAUAUGUACUAUUAUGGAAUAUGCUGGUAAAACAUAGUUUUGCAUUUCA